AUGUAUAUUUCCACCAUUUCUAUCGUCAUUUGCAUUAUUUUAUUCGAUUUACAAUUCAUAACUACUGAAACACUCUAUUGUAGUAUUCAUUUCAUCGUUGAUUAUCCACUAUGGUCAUUGACAUACACGACACGAGCAGAUCGUGAUUAUUUUCGAACAAAUACAUUACUUUCCACUUAUAUCUACCGAAAUGUCGAAGGUUUAAAUGAACUUUACAAUCAAUACCGAUUUCCAUAUACAUCAAAAGCAAAGAACACAACUAUCCAAUUCUUUGUUCAUGGAAUAACAGUUGUAACACAACAUGUUUGCGAUCAGAAAAAUCCGAAUAGAAGUCCAAGAGACAAUCCUUUACAAGAAUUUUGCUCAUCGAACAUAGAUAGCGAUGAAAUAUUAGAUCUAAUCGUUCGUUACAGCGAUUAUAAUAAAAAACAGAAUGAUUAUCAAGGAGCUUGUCUUUACUAUGGUUUAACAUCACGAAAACUUCGAUUACAAAACAAUAAAGGCACUGCAUUGGGAUGGUCAUGGAAAGGACAUCUUUGUGCAAAUAUGAGAGAGUUGAAUGGUUGGUCACCAGGAAAAGCGAAGUUUAAUCCUCGAUAUUCGGGAAAUGUUGGAAUUGUCACUGCAAGUUUUGAUGCAAGCGAUUAUAGUUUGAAUAAAGGUGAAAUGACGUUUUUUCAUGAGAUUGGUCAUUCAAUGGAUGCUAAUCAUGAUGAUGAUAAUGAAUUUAAAAAUCGAAAUAAAGAAUGUAAUCCAACUGAUGAAGAAGGCGGUAGUUAUUUAAUGUAUUCAACUAGUACUGAAGGACUUCUACCGAAUAAUCGUGCGUAUUCUCAUUGUUCAUUGGAUACGAUUUCAAAAUAUACUCGAACACUUGGCCAAGGAAAUCCGAAUUGUUUAUCAACAGAUAAAAAAAUCAAAGGAAAAUGUGAUGGUAUCCUGUCAACAGAUGAAGUUUGCGAUGAACAAGGAACAACAAGUAAUUGCUGUACAAAAGAUUGUAAAUUAAAACCAAGUGCUGUAUGUUCACCGUCAACUGGUUCUUGUUGCCAAUCAUCAUGUCAACUUCAUUCAUCUGGUCACGUAUGUCUCGCUGAAAGUGAAUGUAAAUUGGCAAUUCCAUGUUCAGGCGCAUCUUCUAUUUGUCCCGAAAAUGAUAAGAAAUACUUUAAAGUAGAUAAUACACCCUGUCGUAAUGGAACGUUACUUUGUCAAAAUGGUUUAUGUCAAGCAUCCAUUUGCGUCUUACAUUCCCUUUUACCAUGUCAAUUGAAAGAGCCUGAAGAUCAGCUAUGUAUAAUUGCUUGUUUAACUAAAGAUGAAUUAUGUGUACCUUAUCAUACUAUUAAUCAAACAUCAGAUUCAUCAAAAAUUCUCUAUUUACCAUAUGGAUCAUUUUGUGAUCAAAGUCAUGGAUUUUGUGAUCAAUCACAUAAAUGUUUGCCAUUGAUAGUCGAUCAUACAGGAAAUUUAAUUAGUGUUGGAUUUAGUACUCUUCUUCUAACGAAUUAUUCAGCAAUUAUCAAAGAAUAUUGGUGGACAUUUGGAAUAUUUCUGCUCCUCCAGAUUAUUCUUAUUCCAAUUGUUCUCUUAUACUUUCAUAGUCAAUGUAUUCCUUCAGAUAAUCCUUUUCUUCAAGUAAAUAGACAAAAGCAUUGA